AUGUUGCCCUGCUCUUCAUCCGCGCAGAUGGAGGUGGUGGAGGAGAGGGACGCGCACGUGCACACGGAGUGCUGCCGCCUGACGGAGGAGAGAGACGAGGCCGAGAGACAACUCAAACACAUCAAGAGAGUGUCUCAGAUGGUGAUUGAGGAGGUCAGCGUUCUGCAGACUCAGCUGGAUAUAGAGAAGUCGUGCCGGGAAAAUGCAGAGGCCCUGGCCACAAAGCUGAACUGUGAGAACAGGAAGUUGAAGUCCAUGAGCCUGUCGUCUCGUCCGUGUUUGGACGAGCUGCUUCCCACAACCUCAGACUGCAUCGCUCUGGAAGACGCUGCAGACGCUGCAGAUGGGAGCCCUGACACCUUCACACAGUACCAACAACAAGUUAAAGAGCUCGGAGAAACAGUCAACACUUUAUUGGAGGAGAAGAAGAACUUUGUUUGUCAGAUUCAUGAACAGCAACGACGGAUAGAAGAGCUCACGGCACAGUCAGAUACAGACGGUUCUGAGCUGAAGGAUCUCCGUGCGUGUGUUGAGCAACAACGCAGAACCAUCAAGAGGUUCAACAGAGUCUCCAUGAUGGCGGCUCAGGAGUACGAUGGCAUGAAGGAUCAGCUGGACCUGGAGCAGGACCUGAGGGAGAAGGCAGAGACGUACGCUCACGAGAUGCUGGUGAAGCAGAAGGAGGCCAACAGGCAGAGCAUGCUGCUCCUGCAAAGCACUGAGCCCAGCGUUCAGCUCCUCAAAGCUCUGGAGGACGUGGCGGCCGUCUCUAAAACCCUGGAGGAGGAGCGGCUGCAGCACCUGCAGCAGGUGCAGCGUCUGGAGGCCCAGCUGGAGCAGAGCUGUGUGAAGAAGCAGCUGGAGGCUCUGCAGAUGCAGCUGGAGCUGCUGGAGGAGGAGAAGAAGGAGGUGGACGGACGACUGGAGGAAGCAGAGAAGAAGAACGAGGAGCUGGAAGACCGAGUCCACGAGCUCCAGGAGACCCAGAAAGCGGUUGACCCGACGACCAUCACAGCCCCCGCUCCCCCUGAGCUGGCCCCGCCCCCUCCACCUCCACCUCCCCCCCCACCUCCUCCUCCCCCGCCUCCUCCUCCUCCACCUCCUCCCCCCUCGAGGUGCAACCCCCUCAGCUCUCUGAUCGCCAUCAUGAGGAAGACCUCCAAAGGCUCCAAGGCCUCAGUGAAGGCCGAGCAGCCUGCAGAUGGCGAGGGCGGCGACGUGAAGGCGAAGGCGGUGAAUGAAAUGAUGGAGAGGAUCAAACAUGGCGUCGUCCUGCGGUCGGUCAAGAGUCAGGAGAGCAAGCCGCCUCCCGUCUGUGAGGAGAAACCACAGGAGAGCGCGAUGGAGGAACUGAAAGGCAUCCUGGAGACGGUGAAGAGGAGCCCCAGCCGAGGCUCUCAGGAGGCGGGGCCAUCGCCGUCGGGGAAGAAGGACAGCGAGCUGGAGGUCAUCCUGAGGCGCCGACGCAACAAGGCUGGAGAAGCUGGAGACGAGCGAGACGGGCUCAUGAGUAACGUCUCGUCCUCCGACAGCCUGAACGGACCCGAGCGCACCAGCGGCGAGUCGGGCCGGGACCCCGAGGGGCCGGGGGGGCCGGGGGGGCCGAGCGUCCCCUCCAAC